CUGACUCGCUCGCCAUGCCAUCCCAUCCAUGAUGUGAGAAUAAUGUCAACACUUAUAUUCCAUAGCUACGUCUACUGCGCACAGACGACGAACUACAAAUUGGUCUCACCUCACCCGCUCACGGACGUCCUGGUGCUACGAAUCUGCUUGGCCAGGGAAGUGGUUUCCUCGAUGUCUCCCUCCUCCAGAUGUGGUGGCUCGUCGAUGUCCUGCAGCCCACCAGGGGACAUGGGCCACCAAUCAGCCACAACAGAUGCGCGAGAUGUGCCCCGCGACCACAGCAGCGGCACGGCAUCGCUCCGGCGCCUCUCGUGUUUUCCCCUGGUGGCCUUGUCAUCUGCUGCCGUCUGGCCGCUAGCUGCUGCUGCUGCUGCUGUUGCUGGGCGAGGACUGGCGGUGGGCUGCUGCGCUGAUGAUGGUGCUGGGGGGCGGGCCGCAUCGCCAAUGCCUUCGACCGGAUGUGUGUCGACCGUUCCGCUAGCAGUGGCAUCAGUACGAUUGAUGCGAAUGAGUUCUCGCUGCAUGGCCCGCCUGAAUGCCCCCUCGUCGACGUUGAGCCCUCCUUCCCUUGAGUCCAUGACCUGCAUUAGGGCUGGGGAGAAACUGUCCUGCUGUCGCGUGUCCUCCAUCAGACACUCAGCAUUCCUCUGGAAGGCCUGGCACCCUUGCUGCAGCUCCGCCAGCUCCUUUAUCUUUGUUUCAAGGUUUUUCUCCUGCAGCCAUAUGUACUGGCUCAACGUGGCCUGCAGGAAAUAAAGAGGGACAUAAGUUACACGAUGCUUGUGUGUGUGGUGGGGGUCGUCUGCCUGCCUGUCUGUCUGCCGGAACUCACCUGGUCGUCGAUGUAUGCUGGUUCGUAGUGUUGUGUUUGCAAGUGCAUGUCCCUCUCUGUCUGCUCCAGCCGCCUUGUCAAGGCCGCGUAUGAGCUGCACACAUAGACAGAUGCAGACAGACGCAUAGAGACACUGAUUAACUAACUCAUUGGCUUGUCUUUGCAAAAGGCAGGCUGUGUGUACUCGUCGAUGGCACUCUCGAGGUCUUCAAAGUAAGUCUGCAGCUUCUUCGGGUCGCGGCCCUUCCUGAUUUGCACGCAAGAGACAUAGCGGCAAAUGAACUAAGUGGCUUAGUGUGCAAUCGGUACACCACACCAUCCACUGACAGACGAACCUGUCUUUAAGCCUCUCCAGCAGUUUGAGUGCGAAAGCAUGUGCCUCGUCGCUUGCCCACUGCUGCACGGCCACCAUCUCGCUGCCAAACCUCAGAAGACGCGCAUCGCUGGAGUCGCGACGGCUGCACCACCGCACACACAAGGACAACAUGGACGGACGAUUACAAUCACCAGCACCGUACCGUAUCCCCCGACUCACCCACCCACCUGUGUCUCCUCACGUCCCGCGCCAGUGUGUCCAUGACAUUCUCUGUCUUGGCAGCCCGACGGUGCAACAUCCUCUGCUUACGAGGAUUCGCAGGCAGCUUGUGCGGAUCGGACUGCGUAGAGAAUGUUAUGGGUCCAAUUUUCCGCACUAUGUAUUAUAAGGUCUGUGAGUGUUUGUUGUUCACCUCUCCCGGGGGCACUUCGAAGACGUAGUCCUCCUCCCAGAGUAUGCACCGCAUCCAGCCGCAGUAGGGCUUUAUGCAUCGCUUCCAGUUGAUGGGUGGCGCCUGAAGGAUCGAAACAGUCAGUGAUGGGGACCAUACAUAUUAUACAUUUGUGCAGACAUGUGCUCACGCAGUGCUCACGCACGUUGACGUCGAUGAAGUGCCGAUCGAUGAUGGCCAGGAAGAUGUUGAGAGCGACGUAGUAGAACAGCAGGCAGUAUGAGAAGAAGAAUAUCGGCGCCAUGAGAGAGUCGGCCUCCUGCAGCUCAAAGAAGUCCAGGUCGCCCAGGAUGAUCUCCACACACCGCCGCAUCGUCGAGAAGAACGUGCUGAAAGCCUCCAGCUGGUGGCCGAACGAGAUGUGGGCGAAAGAGGCGAAUCCAAAGAGAACCACAAAUAGCACCACCACGAACCAUCCGAUGGAGGCCGCGGCGGUGGACAGAGUUCUGAAGAUCAUUGACCCUCGCACACUCCCCCGGAAGAACUUGAGGAGACGCAGACAUAUCACCAACACGUUGAGGGACGAUAUCUGGCGAUACAGGCGCACUGAGAGGAUAUACAUACAAGGGCGGGUAAGCAGAAGGCGCCCGCCGACUUGCGUCACUCACUCGGCUCACCUGACUCUGCGAUUGCGUUGAUUUCGACGAAGAAGGUGUCUGAUGUGUCGAUGAGUUUGAGGGUGGAGGGGAUGCUGUUGAGCCACAGAGCGAUGGACAGCAACGACAUGACUAUCGACAUGACAUCUGCAGCACACACAACACACAACACACAACCACCGAAUGCACACCAACACAGACAGACAGACAGACAAGCAGACCGACCAAGGAUGUUGAAUGGGUCGUCAGUGUAGUGGCGGAGUAUGACAGCGAAGAGGUUGUUGUGCUGAGAGCGGCCUCCUCGCCUGGUGGUGGUGUCGCUGCUCAUGAGGAUGAACUCCAUCCGGAUGUUGUGCACCUCCAGGUAGAUGUAGUACAGCACCAUAAUCGCGUAUAUGCAAAAUGGGCCGAGGGAGAACACCUGCCCAGGCGUCUUGAAAGGUUCGAACUUCAGCGGAAUCAACACACGACGCUGCAUCAGAUCAGACAAACACACGCACAUCAUCGACCUAAAUGACCUGGGCGGAAGGUCACCUUGGUGACGGCCCCCGAGGAUUGCACGAUGAAAGACCAUGCCGUGUAGAGGAACGUGUCCGCGUUGCCAUUAUACAGGACGAACUCCAGUGUCACUGAGCUGGUGAGAGGGCUCAGGUAUUCAACGCCGCCGAGCUGUUGCAGCCGCGCAGUGGCCUCGUCGAUGUCAGGGCCGAAGAGACACAAAUGGCCUGGCUUGUCCUCGUACCCGCCCUUGUCGCUGAAGGAGCAGAUAGGCUGCAGCAAAUCCUUGGUCGUGUCCUCACUCGUGUCCAGCGCGUCUCCUGGACUGAUCGUCUGCACACCAGUGCGGCAAGGCAACACCCAUGUAAUGUAGGAGGGUGGCCGCUUCCCGCGUCUCUGGUGUCUGUCACCCACUUUAUCGGGCCUGACUCGGGCGAUAACUUUCCUUCCCUUGGUGUCCUCAUUCUGCUGCUCUUUGAGGCGUCUAACAGUCAGCUUGAGCAUAGGGUCGCCGAUGAAGCAGUUCCACAAGUGCACGCAGGACCGGCUGGGCAGAACAUCGGAGUCUGCUUCGCCGGACAGGGCGGGGACUGUGGCAAUGAGCUGCGGCAGGCCGACGCUAAUCCACUGUCUCAGGUCCUCGAGGCUCCCGAUGUCCUUGUAUGACCGGUUGUCGGCGUAUUCGGCUUGCUCAAGGGCACUCGAGACAGAGGAAGACAGGAUGAAUGUGGUCUGCGACACACAGCAGCGUGUUAGUGUCAACGAACCAUGAGGUAGGUGCUCCUACAUGACUGUCGAUGUUGAAUGCGAGGAAGGUCAUGUAGGAGAUGCCAAACAGCAGGAACAGAAGCUUCUCACGCAACGAGUCGCUGGAUUUCUGCAAACAAACAACAGACAGAUGAACAAGUGCUCCCUGCUCCUUCAUCCGGUCCUCGCCUGCCUGCCUGCCUGCCUGCCUGAAUGCCUGACCUUCUUGUCCUUGUUCAGAUACUCGUCGACCUUCUUCCGUGUCUCCGAGUCCAAAUCGUCAUCAUCACGGCUCGCUGUGACUUUUCCUGCCUUGCAAGCCAUCUCGUCUCCUUCACUGUCGGGGUCCACAUCAUCAUCCUCGUUAGUGUUCUCCCGUGUGGCCGAAGCCUUCCUCGUGUGUGCGUCAUGCGCUGCGAUGAACUCCCUGUCCAGCCGCUUGCCGUCGUCGGGCGACGGAAGGCGGACGUUGAGGAAGUGCAGGAGGCUGCGGAGGACGAGGGUGCCGAUGUCGACUUUCUCCAGCCUGGCGAUGGGUUUCUGCAGGUCAUUUUCCUUCUUGUUGGCUGCCUCUUGGCUCAUGUGAAUGUCAGAUUGUUUGUUGUAGGACAUGUUGAUGAUGGCGUUGAUCAUGUUGAUGUUGAUGAAGAAGAAAAACAGCAAAAAGGCGACGAGGAACACGGGGCCCACGGGAUGAUCCUGACGUCCGUCGACAGACAGCAUAUACACACACACACACCCACGCCACUGUGCCACUACUGUCGUGUACCUUGAUGUGGUCAUAUGCCUUGAUGUUGCCGAGCAUCAUGGCUAUGUUGGUGACGAUGGCGUUGCCCAUCGAGAAAUAAUUGAUGUUGGUCUCGCCAAAGGCCAUCGUCUGCAAUGAUCCAGCCCGCCACAUCAACACCUGCACGCCGUCCCUGUUUGUCUGUGCAGCCAUACCUACCGAGAUGUUGACAAACCCAGCGAAUACGACAGAGACGAGCAUCACAAAGAAGAGGAUCGGAGAGACGGCGUUGUAAAUGGCGUCCUGCACGACCUUGAUGCUGCCAUUAACAUCGCCCAGAUACUUAAGGAACCGCAGCAGGAUCAUCAGAAGCGCAGCAGCAGACGCCCGCACAUAGACUCGGUAUAUCUGUGCCAUCCUGUGGGCCUCCCACCCGAAAACGGCCGAGGGGUCGAUGUUGGGCUGCACCACAUACCACAGGGCCAGGGAGAGCAGCGACACGAAGCAGUUGACGAACGAUAUUAUGCAGCCGGGGCGGGUCAAGUAGGCGCAACAUCCCAUGCGGAAGAGGUACCAGCACUCCCAACCGAGGUAAUACACCGUCAGCAGCAGAUACAACACCUCCAUCGCCUGGAGAAAGUCGUUCCUCCUGCAUGUAUGAGACGAAGGCGACACACAUGGGUUUGGCCUGAUGCAUGCCCGUGUGUGUCUUUGUGUUUGUGGUUGGUUAUGUGCCUGUGCAAUGCAUACGUGCAUACGUGUUGACUUUGAGGGUCCAUGUGUCGAUCUUGCCGGCCACCCCGCCAGACGGCCGCCAGGUGAAGGACACUUCCACUACGGCAAGAGUGUUCAUGUUGCCAUUGUACACCAAAAAAUCCGUCAGUAGGAUCACAUGCGGUGCCGGAGCAUCUUCAUAGGAUGGAUUAAAGAAGCCGCUGUCCAUGAGAAGGCCCUCCAUGACCUCUCGGCACGUGCUGAAACUUGCGGUGAGGCACUCCGAAUCGUCGAGCGGCACGUGCACAGCAUAGCCGCCCACACGAGUGUAUCCAUCAGUCGCACCGUAUCGCCACUCGCUCUGCUGGCCGCUGUUGGGUGACGCUGCCUUGUCCCUGCUCCUGAACGCAUUGGGCAGGUCGAUUGACGCAUUGCGGGGAAAGGGGUCGGUCAAUUCAUAGGCAGGGUUCUUCCUCAGGGGCAAAGCGGGCUGCUGCCACGCCAGCGGAUACCUGCACACACCACAUACAUGUACACACAUAUCAAGGCAUACGCGCUGGUGAAACCUGUGUGUGUGUCUGUGGUGUGUCUUGCAGUGUGUGUACCGGCUUCUGAAUCUGUCGGUGGGGUUUUCCCCGUGCAGCUUCAUCCGCCGCUGUGUGAUGCGCAUACUGCCACCGAUGACCUUGUUGAAGGUCUGCAGCCCGAGACUCCCCUCCCUCUGCUGGGCCUGCGGCAAGAGCACCCUGGUCAUCCACAGGCGGAUGUCAUCGAGCGUCCUGAUGUCCCCAAAGUACAGGGUGCGGCCGCCGUCGGUUGCGGCUUGGGUGAAGGGCACCGUGACAAGCGGCCUCUCGAUGCUCUGGUUCAUGCUGCGGCAAUUUAAAGACGAAGAGGUGAGUUUGACAGUCCAAUUCAGUGUGUGGACUGUGGUCGAGAGCACCCACCUGUAGACUCUGUGCAUGUCGUUACGCCCAAAGAUGACAAUCACCGCCACCGUCAUGAAAAGCAUGAACCCCACAGUGUCUCGAAUGCUGCAGUGCACAUGCCAGUGGCCGGCGAUUGGCAACAGCAGGUGAGACGAUAACAGAGAGAGGCGCCCCUAUCGUCCCUUACUUACCUGUACUCGUGCGAGUAGGGAGGCGGCGCGCGCUGCUUGCCCAGGUAUUCCCCCAUCAGCCGUUGUCUAUUCCGACGCUUCUCAUCAGCUUCAAGUUGCUCCAUGAUCAACGAAGCCGAACCGCGCGUCUCGCUG